CACAAUGCGAGCUGGCAAUUGCUCACGUCAGCUGGUUUCCUCGGUGUCUGUGCAUUGUUGUUCGCACGUGAGAAGUUUUAGAUGCAACAAACCCGAUUUUUCUGUGCCCCUUAUUUUUGCAACCUUGCAGCCCUUCACAACAACCCCCUCACAUUAUUUUUAUGGGUGAGGACGGCGUCUAACCAUCAGACUCCCAUGGGCAAGACGUCCACCAAUCGCGCCCCUCCUGACACACAACGAGGGGCACGGACGUUGCUAAAUCUGACGAAAGAAUCUCAUAGAUUUAAAAGCCGACAUACCACUUCGACUUUGGCCACCAGCAGUAGAAGAGGCAGUAAUCAUCAAUUAAGGGGAGAACGAAGAGCUCAAAUUAUGUCGUCAGCCGAUAAUCUACAAAAUAAUCCGGCAGGUACAGUUUCACCCUCGCAUGAUUGGGGAAUGUAUAGAAGAAGUUCAUACAACCAGCAGUCUAGUCUGCAAUCGAGAAAUUGGAAUAGUUACAAUUUUCGUCAGGAAACUGAACCUUGGCCAUCUAACCAUCAACCACGUUUUGUACCACCACCUCGACAAACUCAAGUGAGAGGGAACUAUGCAAGGACUCCUAGUCGUGAUAUGCAACAAAACAAUACGUUCCUUCAAGGGGGUGGUUAUUAUCCUCCUCCUUCAAUCUCGAACACAUUCCAACGAGCUGCUUACCACUAUCAGUUUGGAUACGCAAACAACCAGGCUUAUGGCAGUUAUGGCUUUAAUCAUCAGCAGCAGCAGCAGCAGUACAAUCCUCAGCGACACUACUUUCAAGCGCAACAAAUCCCAUCACAAAAUUAUGGACUCUUUCAAUCUCGUAAUUGGGAAAAUGGAAGCGCUGGUGAUGAUCGACGUUAUUCAACUUUUAGUCAGGGAAGAAUUUUAUCCACAAAUGUCUUUCAAAGAGAAUGGGAAGAAAUACAAAGUGCCAACUCCUUUGCAACAACGCAGUCAGUCUUGGGUACCGAUAAAAGUGUGAAAAUAUCUGUGAUGUGCUACAAUGUGUUGGCUCCAACACUCCAAAAAGAGCACGGGUACCUGUAUAAGGAGUGUGACCCGGAAGCUGUGAAAUGGUCCUACCGGAGGCGUUGUUUUCACAAAGAACUGGAAUUAUAUCGGCCAGACGUUGUUUGCUUGCAAGAAGUUGAAGCAGAUUUGAUUCAGGAUUACAAUCACUUUUUCCAACAAUUGGGCUACAAAGGUCUCUUUAAGAAAAGGACGGGAGAUAAAUGUGAUGGCUGUGCUAUUUACUUUUGCGACAGCAAGUUUAACCUGGUGGAUUCAAUUUCUGUUGAAUAUUUGCAAAAGUCUGUGCCAUUAUUGAAUAGGGACAAUAUUGGGCUUGUGGCAAAAUUGGAAACAAAAUGUGAUUUGCGACACAAGUUUGUAGUUGCAACCACUCAUCUACUAUUCAAUUUACACCGCACUGACGUAAAAAUAGCACAGGGGACGUUGCUCUUGGCAGAAUUGGAUAGAAUUGCUUGUUACGGUAUCGAUGAAAAUGGGUCACCACUCUACUAUCCCACAAUAGUCACUGGAGACUUUAACUCUGAGCCCUCUUUCGCCGUGCCUCAGUUGAUGACAGGAGGACAAAUUAAUUUGGAUAAAACAUUUUUGAAUUCUAGAUCUAAAGGUGCUAAAUUUGGCAGCAGCCGCAACAAUGAAUUCCUUGCACAGUUGGGUAUCACACAACGGUGUCAACACUAUGAACUAGUUCAACAAAGAGGCCAAAUAAAACCAGAUAUGGAGUUACAUACGAGUGACUCUGCGCCUUGCAUUAAUCUCUCCAAGUCGACCCAUUGCGGGCACGAUGAGAACUUUGCAGAAAUAUUUUACAGUAAUACUAAUUCAAGCUCAAGAAGCUCCAAUCGACAGUCAUCAUCGUCUUCUAUCAGGAAUGCGAAACCACUGCCAGUAUUGCACCGUAUAGAGCCAAAUAAUUCAACUGUUGCAGAUAUUAAUAAUCUGCAGUCCGAGGAGAACCAAGGUGAGCUAGUGACCCAUGCCUUUGGCUUCAACGACGUUUAUGGGUUUGCUACAAAUGACGAGGAUCUGAAUACGUAUGUAACCACUAAGCAAAGCAAGUGGGUACGGGUGGAUUACAUAUACUACAGUACAACCAACCAAAGAUGUGUCAAUGCAAAUGGCACACGUGAAGAAGGAUCUUUAAAAUUGCUCCGGCGACUUAAACUGCCGACAAGUGCAGAAUGCAAGAAAUCGGGUAAAAUUCCCCAGGAAGGAGCAUCUUCCGACCACUAUCCACUUCUUGCAGAAUUUUUACUGACGCCCCUAACAUAGUUCAUCAUUCGAAAAUCUAACUACUAUAUUCAAUCUAGUAGAUUGACUAAUUAAGUUUCGACUGAAGACAAUGAGCUAGCAAUAUACAAAUGAAAUGUGUUCAAUAGUACAUACAAGUAUGUACUUUAUACGUACUUGUUUUGGACUGCAAAAAAGCAUGUGAUCGAUUAUCCUUCCAUGUUAAUACAACAUGGGACAUAUAAGUCACACCAGGGCAAGGUAUGGGUCAAAACUCUCCGAAAAUCGAUCACCUGCUUUAAUGUACGGUCCCUUUCUAAUUUCUGAUUAUUAUAUUUUGGUUAUUCUGUUUUCGGAUGUAGUGCUACAUACUACUUUAAUAUUUGAUACAAUUUUGAUACAGAUACCAAACAAAACAAUGAGUAAAAUAAAAACGCCAAUGAGAAAUCAAAGA